AUGGAUAAAUUAGAAAAUGCUUACAUUUCAAAUUUCAUAAUAGGACAAGAAUUAAUAAUAGAUAAAUUAUUAUUUGAAAAAAAUUAUCUUAAUAAUAAGAGAAAAAAUAAAGUAAAAAAUGGCGAUAAACUGAACUAUUAUUUAAAUGAAAAAUUUAACAUUUUUUUGGGAUAUGAUAACUUUAUGAGAACUGUUUUUAAAAAGAAAAAAAUAUUAAAAGAUGAUAAAUUGAAAAAAAAAGAAAAAGGAUAUGAUAAAUGUAAAAAAAAAAAUGAUUCUUGUUAUAAAAAUAGUAAGGAGCACAUAGAGGAAUCAAAUAAGAUUAUCAAAUUAAUAGAAGAAAAAAAAAAUGUUCAUAAUAAAAAUAUUAUAGAUAACAAUUAUGAACAAAGCAGUAGUACAAAUGCAAAAGAAAAUACAAAUAGAAUUGAAAAAAGAAGUAGCAAAACAAAAAAGGAACAUAUAAAUGAUGUUCUUACAUUGAAAGAAGAUAAUUAUGAUAAAGGCAUGUCAAAUAUAAAGAACAAGGAAAGGCAAUAUAUAACUAAUAAAGGAGAAAAUAACAAUAAAUUAGAAAUCAUUGAUAACAAUAAGAACAAAUUAGAAGGAAAAAAUUAUAUAAAGUUAUAUAAUAAUGAUAAUAUUAUGAAAGAAAAAAAAAAUGAAAUAAUGACCUUUCAAUCUGAUAAUAUUCAAAAAGACCUUAUGGAUUAUAAUAAUUAUGUUAAUAUCUCAGAUUUAAAGAAUGACAAAAAUGAAAUUUCUGACUAUUUUCAAGAAAUUUCAUCCCUUAGUCCAUCAUCCAGUUAUUCUGAUGCUAGUGAAAUAUCUAAUAUUUCACCUGACAUGUUAUGUUUUGAAAAACAGUUUAAAUAUAUAUAUGAUAUGUAUAAACAAAAUGAUAAAAAUGUAUUUCUGUUUUAUAAUCCACCUGUAUGCAAAUGUAUUAAUAAAACAUUAAAAGAAAAAUAUUUUCGUAAUCUAAAUAUAAAAUAUCCAUGCUUAUUUAAUUGCUCAUUUAAUAAUGAAAAUAGAGAUAUAAAAAAAAUUGAAGAAAGCAACAAGGAAGAUAAUAAAAAUGAGAAUAAAAUAUUUGCAUAUAGUGAAAUAGCUUCUGAUGCUGUAGAAAUUAAAUUAUAUGCAAAAGCAUUUUUUGAAUUUUAUUUUUUUGAAAAAUAUUUUAAUAAUAGAAAAUAUGAUAAUGUAUUAAACUUUUAUGAUAAUUUUGAUGAUAAUAUCAUAAAGGAAUGUAAAGAAAAAAAAGAAAAAGCAGAAAUAGAAAAUGAAAUAAAAAAAAUAGAUGAACAAAAAAAGGAUAUGUAUAAAUCAUAUGAAAAUGAUGAAGCAAAUAUAGAUACAAAAUCAAAUAAAACAAAUGAUAAUAUAAAUGAAAUUAAAGAUACAUCUUAUUUUCCAUUUAAUAUAGAAGAAAUGUUGAAAUUAUAUUUUGAUAAGUGUUUAUAUAAAAUAAUUAAAAGGAAAUCAAAGACAUGUGAUAAUAAUACAUGUUGUGGUUUAUUAUAUAUACCUUAUAGCUACAUUGUUGUUAUAUUGAAUAGAAAAGUUGAGAAUUUAACUUAUGCUUGUAACAAUUUAAAUAUUCCAUCAAAUACCGAUAUUUAUUAUAAUAACAAAAAAAAUGUUAUAACUGUGUGUACAAAAAAUUCUGAACAUGAAUUUUUCUGUUAUUAUUGUCUAAAACAAAAUAGUUACGUGAAAAAUAUUUUAAUUUAUGAUGUCUAUUUUGAAGGCUUUAUACCUUUUUUUAAACCAAUACUUAAUUUAAAAAAUAAAAAAAAUCAAGAAAAAAUUCUCAAUUAUAUAAAUUAUAAUAAGAACAUGAAUUUAUCCAUUGUCUUUUUUUUGACUAAUUCUACGAAAUGUGAGAAAAAAAAUUUAAGUGAUUGUUCAAGUUAUUUUAAGUCAAAAUCUUAUUCAAAUAUAAUGAAUGAAAAAAAAAAAAAAACAGAAAAAGAAAAAGAGAAUGAAGAUGAAAAUGAAAAUAAAAAUGAAAGAGAGAAAAUAGAAGAAGAAAAAAAAGAAACAAAAAAGGAAAAUGAUACAGAAGAAACAAAAAUGAAAGAAAACUUUGGAAAAUAUUUUUAUGAUGAAGAAACAUUAAAAAAAAAAUAUGAUGAAAUAAAAAGUAUGAAGUUAAGAAUAUGCAGAAUAUAUAAUAUAAAUCAUCGAAAUGAAUAUAAAAGCAUUAAUUCUCAAAAGAAAUACUUAAAUUUAAAUAAUGAAAAUGAAGAUGAUGACAUUGAAAAUUAUUUCUCCAAUAUAUGUAAUGGUAACGAAGUAAUAAAUAAUAUGAAUAUAAAGAUGGUUGUUGACAAAAUUAUUAAAAUUGUAAACAAAAAAGAUAAUAUUUGUAAUGAAAAAUGUAUAUAUAAUAAUUACAAUAAUUCUAAUAUGAAAAAUAAAGAAGUGCAAAUAUAUUUAUGUGAAUCAAUUAACUCAUUUGGAUUUGAUAGACGCCCUUUGUGUGUAAAAAAAAGAGAAGUUAUUUUAUCAUCUUAUGUUCACUUUCAUAAAAUUAUUAGUAAUUAUUUCAUGUACAAAAAUAGUAAAUGUUUAGAUAAUAUAAUUAAAAAUGAAUUAAAUGAAGACGUUUUUAAAAAAGAAAUAAUGAAAAGCCAAAUAUUAAAAUGGGAAGAUAACAUUGAAAAGUCACAAAUUAAGCAAACGGAGAAUGAUUUAAGUAGUAUUUUAUUUAAAGAUGAAAAUUUUACUUCAGAAAAUAUUGAAAAUGAAAAUUCUAACGUUGCCAAUUCUAAUACUUAUAGUGAUAAGAAAGAAAGAUUUGCGUGGAAAAUAUUUUCAGAAGAAAAAAAUAAAAAUAAAAAUAAAUGUGUAGAUUAUAUAUUUAAUGAUACCUUUUUUAUUUUUAAUGAUAAUUCUGAUUUAUAUACAAAUGAAGAAUACAAAAAAAAUAAAUUAGAAAAUUUAAGUAAGGUAAAUGAAAAUAAUAGAAAUAAAAUUAUAAGAAAUCCAAAUAAUUACAUAUGGGAUAAGAUAUGCACCAAUUUUUUGCAAAGCUUAUUUAAUAUAUAUGUUUGUUCAUAUUUAAUGAAACAAAAUAAUUAUAGUUUAUAUGAAAUAGAAAAAAAGAAAAGAAAUUUUUUUAAAAAAUUUCCAUACGAAAAGAAAUUAAGUAUUAUAAAAAAAUAUUACUAUUAUCUGUUUAAUAUUUAUAAAAAUAGAUUUGAUAUAAAUUUAAAUAAAGAAGAAGAAAACACGAUACACAAAAAUAAUUGGAUAAACGAAGAUUCCUAUUUAUUGAAUAAUAAUUCAAAAAAGAGAAAAAAUGAAGAAAAUAUUAAUAAAAAUGACAUAAAAAAAUUUUUUUAUGAUAAAGAUGAAUAUAUUACGAAAUUCACUAAUAACAAUAAUGAUAAUGAUAAUAAGAACUGCCAUAUAGAUAAAAAAGUAAAAAAAAUCUAG